CCAAGCUCUCUUUGUAUAAAUUUUUGACUGAACGCAACCAAGUCUACCACUGGUUUUGUUUCUUUUCCGUUAUGCAGGAUCAAAGUAUAAUAACACAUCACCAUGGUAAUCUUGAUAGUUCGUUAGGAAAACGAUAGAACCUUGUCUAGAACUCCUAGAAAUAGCCUACUAUUAAAACAAAAGUAAACAUGUCCUACGUUGCAUGGCUAGCCAAAAUACGCAGUGCGGACAAAUCUUCCGUCAUUCAAGGCACUGUCCGAAAAGUUCAUUACAAUUUCACCGAUGGCACUGAAAUGGUAGAGGAGUACAGUACCGAAACGGGAAUGGUUCUCAGGCGUGCGUGGAAGUUACGUAGUGAUCUGAUUCGAAAGGAUAAUUGGGAAAUUGAGCUAGGAGAGCAUAUUCCGAAACAAUUCCAAUCAAACGAAAUGUUACUAUCGGAAGCAACAACAGAGCCGUUUCUAUCGAAAAGGAUCACCCGAAAUGCAAUCGAGUGGCGCAUAAGAAAUCUACCUUAUCCAUUGAACACUUACACCAUAACAUGCGACGGAGCUGCUCACAUGGUUACUGUGCGGACAUCCAACAAAAAGUACUUCAAGAAAAUCGUGGUGCCGGAAUUUCAAAGAUGUAAUUUUGAACCAAAGGUGGAGGAUUUAAUGUUGCGACACCAAAACCAGACGCUAAUCAUAUCGUAUAAAAAGCCUCCUAUUCUAAUUGAAAUGGAAAAAGCUGUUCUACUUGAACUUCAAAAUGUGGAAACAGUUGAAUAUGACGAUAUUAAAUGUGAAGAUUUACUCAAAGGGUUAAUUAGUCAGUAAAUAAAUAUGAAUCGAUACGGGUAA